GUUGAAAACGCUACUGCUGGGUCUGUGGGUUGCAGUUACACACCACUCCUCCUCUGCUAUUUUGCAAUUAUUAUUAUCAUUUAUUUCUUUUGUUCAACGAUAAAUAUCAAAAUGGGACAACCCUAAGGUAGAUUUUCGGAGCUCGAUUCUCACGCGAAGCUCUGGUAUCUGGACUCGAUUGAAGCAGUUGAACAGAGACUAAAGUCUACAUCUCCUAGAGCCAUGAGAUGGGUCUAGAGCGCUGGAAAGAUACAAAAUCCUAAUGAUUCCUUCACAAUUGUGGUCUCUUCCAAGAUCGCAUGGUCAUUACCUUUCUGGGACGUUUUGUGUUGGACGAAUGAUAGUGGACAGGUUUGGGAAUGCAUGGUAAUUCAAACUGAAGAAAAUAACAGUGUUACUCUUUCCCUUUGGGAAAAUUAGAGCAGAAUGAUAUCUGAAAGACUGUCAGGAGAGACAUCUCUUCGUCGGGAUUUGGAGGCUUUGAGUGUGUCCCAACGUCUUGUGAGAAGUGUUAGCCAGAAGUUGAGGAAGAAGAACAACAGAAGUGAAGGGGAAGAAGAGGAAGAUGGCAGGGGGGUUUCUUUGAGAUGUCUUGUUUUGUAUGGUAGAGGUGGGGGUUGCAAAGUAGGAGCUGAAACAAGCGAUGACUUUGGGGAUCCCAGUAGUAGAAGGAGGUCAAGUGCUAGUGAUGACGGGAAAGGGUACAAAACAAUAUGUGGAGUGGAGGAAACUGGAGUGGAUUGCUUCUCAUAUGGGGUAAAGGAUAAGUUUUGGAAGAGGAAUAACAGGAAGGAUUUAGAGGUUGAAGAACUACAGCAAAACAGUAGAAUGCACCUCUUCCUUCCAGAUGACAUUCUGGAAUUGUGCUUGGUGCGGCUCCCACUGACCAGUCUCAUGAAUGCCCGCCUUGUAUGCAAGAAAUGGAGAUACUUGACUACAACUCCAAGGUUUAUGCAGAUGAGAAAGGAAGGUUUGCAUCAGAAUCCAUGGUUGUUUCUGUUUGGUGCUGUGAAAGAUGGUUAUUGCUCUGGGGAGAUUCAUGCCUUAGACGUGUCUCUUGAUGAAUGGCAUAGAGUUGAUGCUGAUAUUCUCAAAGGAAGGUUCCUUUUCUCUGUGGCCAGUAUCCAGGAUAGUGUUUAUAUAGUUGGAGGUUGUUCUAGCUUGACCAGCUUUGGGAGGGUGGAUAGGAGCUCAUUCAAGACGCACAAAGGGGUUUUGGUAUUUAGCGCCCUGACUAAAUCCUGGCGUAAAGUUGCAUCCAUGAAGUAUGCUAGAUCAUCGCCCAUUUUAGGAAUUUCUGAGGUUGGUUCAGACUGUUUGAUUGUGCGAAGUCAGCAAAACAGGCAAGAUAGACGCUUUCCCAGGACACGGAUUGGUGGGGUAUCAGAUGUUUAUGAGGAUCCUCACAGGCUUUCACUAAGGCGUGAGCCUGGCAGUGGUUUCAAUGAAAACGAGAUUUCAUCAUUGCCCCAUAGAAAGCAGGGCAAGUUUGUCAGGCAGAAAGGUGACCUCUCAAACACUACUGACUGUAGAAGGUUUGUGCUGAUUGCCGUCGGAGGUCUUGGCUCUUGGGAUGAGCCUUUGGAUUCUGGUGAAAUCUAUGAUUCUGUAUCAAAUAAAUGGAUGGAAAUUCAAAGGUUGCCUGUAGACUUUGGGAUUGUUUGUUCUGGGGUUGUUUGUAAUGGGAUGUUUUACGUUUAUUCUGAGACUGAUAAGCUUGCUGGAUAUGACAUAGAAAGGGGUUUUUGGGUUGGAAUCCAAAUCACUCCCUCUCCUCCUCGUGUCCAUGAAUACUACCCAAAACUCGUGUCUUGUAAUGGCCGGCUGUUCAUGCUUUCUGUUUCCUGGUGUGAAGGGGAUGGUCAAAUAGGGAGACGAAACAAAGCUGUUAGAAAGUUGUGGGAGCUGGAUCUCAUGUAUCUUACCUGGACUGAGGUCUCAAUCCAUCCCGAUGCUCCCAUGGACUGGAAUGCUGCAUUUGUAGCAGAUAGAAACCUCAUAUUUGGGGUUGAGAUGUUCAAGAUAUUUGGUCAGGUGUUGGACUUCCUGACAGUGUGUGAUGUGUCUGAUAAAGGAACAAACUGGAGCCAUAUUUCAAGGAAUCAUGUGGCUCAUGAGCUGGACGCUUCUUCAUGUAUGACCAAGUCGAUGGCAGUGCUCCAUCUGUAAAGUACCCCGUAAAGCACUCUUAUUCAUGGCAUCCUUUUACCCAGAUAAUGUGCAUGCAUUGCUUUCAGUCGUAUUCCUUUUCAUUUGAAUUCCAUUGAUAUAGGCUUUGCAUCAUGGCAAACUACCCGUACUCUCAGUUUCUCAUACAGAUUCUUAUUGGAGGUGGAGUUUGAUUGUUUAUCCCUUGAUGUAACUUGUACACCAACGAUAAAAAGAAAUUGAUUCUGUAUUUCAGACCUUUCUUCUGCACAUUUAUGUAGUCACAAAUUUAUAAUCCCUGCCCUGUUCUUCAGAA